AUGACAAUACUCUUCGUGACCAACGAAAGGCUGGAAGUACCAUCCGUGACUACAGCCCAAAUGCAUGAGGUAAACCGAAUAACUGAGGAAGAAAUUGGUCCCGCUUUACCCCAAAUACUCGAAAAUGCGGGUCGUAACCUGACUGAGCAAGCCAUAGAGUGUGUAGGAGACGAUUGGAAACAAGUGAGUAUAAUAGUACUAGCAGGUAAUAAUACAAAUGGGGCUGGGGGAGUAUGUGCUGCGAGACAUCUAGCCAAUAGAGGAGCCAAUGUCAUGCUAUGCUUCAGUGCGCCUGAGGAUGAGUUGGAG